CGCCGCCGCCGCGAGCGGGAGGAGGAGGAGGAGGAGGAGGAAGGAGGGAGAGAAGAAGGGAAGGAGGGAGGCCGGUCCGGUGGCCCUCUCGGGUAGCCCCAGCGGCGAGGGAAAGAUGGCGACGCUGGGAGGCGAGUCGCAGCCCUUCCCCUCUGCUGCUCUGGCGGCGGCAGCCGGGGUGGGCGGCGGCGGCAGCGGCAGCGGAGCGCUGGGUCUGCAGGCGCCGCUGACCCGCGGUCUGGAGCGGGCGCUGGAGGAGGCGGCGCACUCCGGGGGGCUCAACCUGAGCGGCAGGAAGCUGAAGGAGUUCCCGCGCAGCGCCGCCGCCCUCAGCCACGACCUCUCCGACACGGUGCGGGCAGAUUUAUCCAAGAAUAGGUUAACUGAAGUUCCUACGGAGUUGUGCCAUUUUGUGUCACUGGAAACACUAAAUCUAUACCACAAUUGUAUCAAAGUUAUACCAGAUGCCAUAGUAAACUUACAAAUGCUAACUUACUUAAAUUUGAGUCGAAAUCAGCUUUCUUCUUUGCCAGCUUGCCUGUGUGGUCUUCCUCUAAAAGUCUUAAUUGCAAGUAACAAUAAGCUAGGUUCCCUUCCAGAAGAGAUAGGUCAGCUAAAACAGUUAAUGGAAUUGGAUGUCAGCUGUAAUGAAAUCACAGCUUUGCCCCAGCAGAUAGGCCAGCUGAAAUCUUUAAAAGAACUGAAUGUCAGAAGAAAUUACCUCGAAGUUUUACCCCAAGAACUAGUACAGCUUCCCUUGGUAAAGUUUGACUUUUCCUGCAAUAAAGUACUUGUGAUUCCAAUUUGUUUUAGAAAGAUGGUGCAGUUACAAGUAUUACUGCUUGAGAAUAAUCCUUUGCAAUCUCCACCAGCACAAAUUUGUACAAAGGGUAAGGUGCAUAUAUUCAAAUAUCUGACUGUGCAAGCAUGUCAGAUUAAAACAGCAGACUCGCUGUAUCUUAAUGCCAUUGAACCACAGCAUUUGCCACAACCUGUGGAAGAGAGCAUUGAUGACAUCUAUCCAAGUAAAAAGGACUCAGAUUCAGGUGUUGGUAGUGAUAAUGGUGAUAAACGUUUGUCAGCAACAGAGCCAUCUGAUGAAGAUACUAUCAGCUUUAAUGUUCCAAUGUCGGACAUUGUGGAAGAAGAUCAUAUUAUAAAGGAUGAUUCAGGUCACCAUGCUAACUCAAGAAAAGUGGAAUUCCAUCAAGGAUCUGCUCACACGUUUGUCAAUGAUAAGUCACGAGAAACAGGAAACCAGUUUGAUGAACAGGAUACUCUUACUACUGAAUUUAUGAGCUACAUUAAGAGCAGAGCAGCAGAGUGUGAUGAAUUACUGAGAAUAGAAGAGGACACGCAAUGGCAAGCAGACGAAAUAAUAAAUUUAUCAGAAGAACAAACUAUUGAUAUAGCAAUGAUAGAACAACUAAGAGAAGCUGUAGAUUUAUUACAGGAUUCCAACAGAUUAAGCAUGGGUAUUUCAGAGAUCAGUGCUGUGAAUCUGUAUCCUAUAGAACCAGCAACAGUUUUAGAAUUUCAUGAGUCUACAGUAAAUGGUCAAAUGCACAUGGACAUGUCUUCUCUUGGUCAGAGAGAAAAUGCUGAAGAGGAACUGGAAUUCCAGAGGAGGAGGGACUUGAUUAUGGAGAAAGCAAAGCCUGAAGCAAGACCUUGUGAACAGGGUGAAAAAUGGUCAUUGAGCCAGAAUGAUCUAAUUGUUUGGAACACAAGCGGGCAAACCUCUCACAAUGAGAAUAAGGAUAAAAGUCCAGCAAUGUCUCCUACUACAAACACCACAAUCCCUUUUGGCCUGAAGCCACGAUCAGACCCAUCCCUCAGUUUUCCUCCUAUCUCCUUCAACACACUUACACAGGCACAAACAUGGGACAACUUUAGCUACAGUAUCCCAUCUGAAGGAGACAGUGACAAUGUGUUCUUAAGACCACAAAGAAAUUUGGAAUCAAUAGACCCACAGUUCACAAUUCGAAGGAAAAUGGAGCAGAUGAGAGAAGAGAGAGAGCUUGUGGAGCAGCUACGUGAGAACAUAGAAACAAGGCUAAAGAUCUGUUUGCCCGAGGACCUGGGCUCGGCCCUGAUGGACGGCGUCGUUCUGUGCCAUUUAGUGAACCACGUCCGCCCUCGCUCUGUCGGCAGCAUUCAUGUGCCCUCACCAGCAGUACCUAAACUUAGCAUGGCCAAAUGCAGGAGAAACGUGGAAAACUUUUUGGAUGCAUGUAGAAAACUGGGGAUACCAGAGGCUGACCUCUGCUCUCCGUAUGACAUCCUGCAGUCGGAUAUUCGUCACAUUCGAAAGACUGUUGACACUCUGCUCGCCCUCGGGGAGAAACCCCCACAAUCAACUUCUACUUUUCGCUCCUGGGAUCUAUUAGGCUUUUGUCUUUUCCAUAUACUUUUUAUAGUCUUGAUGUAUAUAACUUAUCACUGGAAUUUGCUAACAGCAUAACCUGUUCGCAUGUGCGCACAAACUUUCUGCUUUGUCUCUGAAAAAUUACAGGAGAAGCUCUGCCUACCACAUCACAUCCUAGAAGAAAAGGGCUUGGUAAAAGUGAGCAUAACAGUUCAAGCAUUGCUAGAUGUAACCACAGUGAAACAAGCUUUAUUCACAUGAAACUACUCUCUCUGCUGUUACCAGCUACACUGUGCCAUGAACGAAUCAAAAAGCUGCCCAUUUUUACAAACUGCAUUGAAACAACUCCAGUACUCCAAGAGUAUUCUUGUGAUUUUAAACCCAUGUUUCAGGCUGUACAUAUGUGUCGAACUACAAAGCAGAAACUGAACAGAAACAUUUUCUAGAGGAAGUUGGCACUUCACUGCUUUUCUAGCUCACUUUGUACAGUACUUACUAAAACAACACCUCUCUGCCACUUAAAAUCGUGUGGAGUACACAGCUGUCUUGCAGCAAGAUACUUUGUAUUACUAAACUGAGAAUCACUGUAAUCACCUGGGGGGAGGGAGAAGGGAGAGUAAAUCAGACUGCUACCACCUUAGGUUUUUCUGCAGUUGCUUCAGGCUAUUGCCUUUUAAAAAUAUUCAGACAUUAAAUAUUUAUAUAAAUAUUAUUUAUUAGUGAGUUGUUAUUCAUCCUUUGGAUGCAAAAUGUAAAUUAGGAAACUGUAUUUUAUUACUGCUUUUUUUGUGGUUAAACACUUUAUUUUAAUAUAAAUACUUAGUUAUUUUUUAUUCUACUUGGUGUGCAGUAGCUCUAGAUCUCAGUAAAUUGUAUUUUCUAAUAUGUAAGAUAAAAAGCAAACAAAAUAGGUGCUUCUAUUAAAAGAACAGCUAGCUGGAAUGGCAUUCUUUAUUUCUUGAAUCUGUGGAACGUUGGUAAAAAAUUGUCUGCAUUCCAUUGAGUUUCCUACAUUCCAGUAACACCUCUCCCCUCACUAGAUAGACUAAAUUGGCUGAAAGUGAGAGCACACCCAUUUUAUUUGUAUAUAGAUGUUUAAAAACAAAAGGAAGUAUGUAAACUUGAAAAAUAAAUGUGAAAAAAUAUUUUUGAUUGCUUAUUUUGCUAUGCACAAGACAUUUAACUUUUGCCACAACAAAAUUAUUUAUGUGCAUUAGGAUCAUGUGUCUUGAAAUGUAAUUUUGCACUGUAACUUGACUUCUUUUAAAGAUUACAGCACUACAGAACAGUAAAAAAUAGCACAAGAAUGUUAACAAGAUUAACAGGUAGCCAAAAAAUUAAUUUGUUUUCUUCAGUGAUUCCUUCAAGAGGAGACAAAAUGACUGAAAUUGCCAAAGGCAGUCUCAAAGAGCUGAUCUUCCAGAUCCAGUCUGCCUGGGUACACUGCUUCCCUUUAAAAGUAUCCACAGAAUUAAGCACAAUGUUCUGUAGUGCACAUUUGCAGCACCAGACCUCUACUUCCACGUCAGCAAUAGGAAAUAAAAGUUCUUCUCCUUCUUACCACUUUACAUUUUUCAAAGAGGUUUUUAAAAGCAUACUUUAUUAUUAAGACAUGACUCAUUUUAGAUCAAAAAGUUCCAGCACAGCGAUUCUUCUGCUAUCUGGAACAUCCCAUUUUCAUUCACACAAGAAGCCAGUGAUGGGACUUGGGCAAGCAGGAUGGGGCAGCAGCAUGUGGUGAAAAGAGAAGCUGGCUGGGGACACACAAGCAGGGAGUUUGAAAUGUAGAGUGGCAAAAAAAAGAAGUAAGUGGUUGUGAGGACUAAAUAUUUAGGCAAGAGGAUGUGGAGAGAGCUGUUGUACGAAGGCUUUUGGGCAGAGUGAUGCAUACUUGUCACUGCCCCCUCCCGAGGCGCUGCCUUUAAACCCACCCACGUUCAGCAGCAGAUCUGCUGAGCUCAGACGGUGUCUGAACACAGAGCACACACUUCACCACCACCACUUGCUCCAGGGCUGGGAGGCAGUGACAGCAGCGUGUGAGGAGGAGCAGGAAAGGGGACUCGCAGACAAUGAGCCAGGCAGUAUGUAUGGAAUAUCCAGUUACUUCAACCAAAGCAAAACCAUUUAUUUUAUGGAGGGAACAUAGACUUAAAUUGUAAUUUGAUUGGCAGCUAGCAUAUUGUUUCCUAUAAAAUGUACUGUGCACUUUAACACUAAAUGAAAAUGUAUUUUAAUAUUUUACAGAGCUGCACAAAUAUCUGUUUUGUCAAAAAGCACGAGCAAUGUAAAGAAAAUAAGUUUUCAAGUCAGAGUUUAUCAAAUUUUAGAAGCAUUCAAGGAUCAAGUAUAAAAAUAGGAAUAUUGAUUUCUGCAUCUUGAGGGUAAAAAUGCAGGUUUCCUGAGUAUUUUUUUACAAUGUAUAUAUGGCAUCAUGAAGCUUUGUAAUUAUUAUUAUUUUGACAAAUCUUGUUUUUUCAUAAUUAAAAUUUUGUUUUCCUCCUGAUAGUGUCUUUCAGUAUUUGCUUGAAGUUGGCUGUAAAUAAAUAGCUCUAAGUAUUUUGUAAUACAGCUUUUUUUAUGCAGUCUUAACCUGUAUGGCUAAAAACAGAAUCUUCAUGAUCCUUUGUACAAUAUUUAUAUGUGCAAUAAAACAUGCAUGGCUAAUCUGUAAUACCCUCCACAGUGAACAUAAUGUAUAUAGAAAAUCUUUACUGUAGUUACAAUUAAACUAUAUUAUUUCCAGAAACCCUUUAA